AUGAGCAAGGUGCCAGUUCACGAGAUAGCUGGCCAUGAAGCCACGACGACCGGGGCUGUCGCACACGGCCAAGUGCCGCAAGACCAGCUCAACCGGGCGCUUUCCGCCCGUCAAGUUCAGAUGAUUGCCUUUAGUGGUAUAAUAGGAACCGGCCUGUUCUUGGGCACCGGGAAAGCUCUCGCCACGGGUGGUCCUGGGGCUCUUUUGGUGUGCUAUACGCUGGUUGGCGCCAUCGUAUUCCUCACCAUGAUGAGUCUGGGGGAGAUGUCUGCAUACAUACCAGUGUCCGGCAGCUUCUGCACCUUUUCUAGCCGCUUCAUUGACGAUGCAUUUGGCUUCACCAUGACUUGGAUUACCUGGUUCAACACCGCUGUUUCCACGGCUGCGGAUAUGGUCGCGCUCCAAAUUGUUCUCCGCUACUGGACCGGAGUGUUCCCGGGCUGGGCUCUUAGCCUGAUAGUUCUGAUACUAUUGAUAGCAGCAAACAUCAUUACUGUGAGAGCGUACGGCGAGGUCGAAUACUGGCUCAGCCUGCUCAAAGUGGUCGCUAUCGUGGCUUUCAUUAUUGUUGGCGUCGUCGUAAAUGCGGGAGGCAAUACGUCUCACCACUAUGUUGGUGGUGAAAACUGGUAUAUUCCUGGAGCGCCAUUUGCCAACGGAAUCGGCGGCUUCACGUCGGUUUUCGUGUCUGCGUCCUAUGCUUAUAGCGGUACCGAAUCUAUUGCCAUGACCGCGGGUGAGGCAAAGGACCCUACUAAGAAUCUGCCUCGAGCCAUCAAAAACGUCUUUUGGCGUAUUCUUGUAUUUUACUUUACUUCCGUCCUGCUUAUUGGUCUCAACAUCCCCUACACCUCGCCCGAUCUUGCAAAAGGCAAUGCGAUAAACACCUCGCCGUUCAUCAUGGUCCUCGAGAUGACUGGUGCACGUGCGUCUGCAAGCCUCAUCAAUGCUGUGAUAUUGACUAGUGCGGUUUCCGCGGGAAACCAUUCCAUUUACGUUGGCGGCAGGCUACUGUACACGCUUGCCGUACAGCGUCAGGCUCCUGGAGUAUUCGGAAAGCUCAGUGUUAGAAAGGUACCAUGGGUAGGUGUCUUGACUACAGCUUUAGCAUCCGGCCUUUGCUUUGGUUCGAGCCAUCUUGGAGCCGGCCAGCUCUGGGUCUGGCUUCAAAAUCUUAUCGGUGUUUCGAGCCAAGUAAACUGGGCCGCGAUUGGAAUUACAUCUAUUCGCUUCCGAUCUGCGUUGAAGCUGCAGAAUAAAACUCACCUGUUGCCGUUCCGAAACUGGACCUACCCGGCCGGCCCGUGGCUUUGUGUCAUACUCAACGCAUUCAUCAUACUGAUUCAGGGAUGGAGCUGUUUCAGUCCCAGAUUUAAUGGUAUCAGUUUCGUUAGUUUUUAUAUCCAGCUGCCCGUCAUGGCCGUGCUCUUUGUUGGCUGGAAGGUAUGGAAGCGGACGGCGUGGGUGGCAUUGAUAGACAUGGACCUCGACACCGAUGCCCACAAAGCUGUUCGGCAUAGAUCCAACAAUCAAGAAAUGAGUUUUCCCUGUGCCGAUACAGAGCCUGAAGCCGCCGUGCUAGAUACCAAUGGUGAUCGAAAGCGGGAGGUUACGGAUCGCAGCGAUGCCGGUCGAGCGGCUACAGAAGACGAAGUCAAGACCCUGCGUCACGUAACAGACAAGAUUCCGUUGCGGGUUUGGCUCGUAGCACUCAUCGCCGCAGCUGAGCGCUUCACAUACUGGUCAACACAAGUAACAUGGCAGAACUACAUUCAAAACGGCGCCGAUGAUGAGAUUCCGGGCAUCCUCGGCCUCGGUCAGUCCAAAGCGGUAGCUAUAAAUAAUGCCUUUAAUGUCGUCGUGUACCUGCUCCCCAUAUUCAUCGGGCCCAUUGCCGAUAGCCUGAUCGGGCGCUUCGCAGCUCUCCAGAUAUGCACAGUAGUGUAUCUGGUUGGCAUGGGUCUUCUGCUGGCUUUCUCUACGCCGACUGCCGUGGCCGCUGGAAUCGCUCUCCCGGGUUUCAUCGUGGCUCUUUGCUUGAUCGCAGUUGGUGUCGGCGGCGUGCAGGCAGUGACGGCUCCCUUGAUUGCUGACCAAUACGACGAAACCGUCCCCAAGAUAGCUUAUGGAAAAGACGGAGAGCGUGUCGUUGUCGAUCGCGACAUGACCAUCCACUACAUCUAUAGCAUCUAUUGGUGGAUGGCCAACGCAGCGUCACUUGGCCAGAUUCCCACUACUCUGAUGGAAAAGCAUGUCAGUUUCUGGAGCGCCUACACUCUAACGACUGGUGUCUUGUUAGCCUCGUGCUCUCUCCUCUGGGUUGGAAAGAAGCGCUUCGUCCUCCACGCUCCUUCGGGAACUGACUUGCCCAUGGCGGCGCGGGUUCUCUGGAUUGCUGCCACGUCAGGAUUUAGCUUACAAGCGGCAUUGCCCGAGACACAACUCGAGCGCGGCAACCAGGUCGGUUGGGACGAUGAUUUCGUUAGGGAUAUUCGUCAGGGUCUGAUGGCCAUUAAAGUCUGUUUGGUCUGGCCCAUACUCCGACUUUGCAUCGGAUUUAUCAGCUCCAAUGGCAUUGCCCAAGCUGGACAGAUGCAGACGGUCGGUAUACCGAACGACCUUUUCAAUGCGGCUAAUUCCAUCGCUCUUGUCAUCUUCGGCAUUAUGGUAGAAAACGGGCUCUACCCCUUCCUAGAGAAGCGCAAGAUUGUUUUUGGGGAGAUGAAACGCAUCACCCUGGGCCUGUUUGUCAUGGCGCUGUCCAUGGCUAUUUUGGAUCUGUUUUAG